AUGUCACUAGAUUCCAACCCAGACGAGACUGCGCUGCUAAAUUCAGAUCGACAAAUUGGAGAAAGCUGCGACCGGUCAUACUCAACAUUUAACACCAAGACUGCUGUAGACUCAGAGACACAGAUAUAUGACUCAACGGAUCGAGAAGAGUUAAUCAGUCCCAGUACAACUUCUACAUGUGGACCGUUUCUCGGCAGCGUCGCCAGCAUUAUUGUGGUUCUCCUACUUGGUGAAUUCAUUUCCAAUGCCGACUCGACAAUCGUGAUGGCCGCCGCAGGCCCGAUUUCAUCUGGCUUUAACAAAUUACAAGAUGCGAGCUGGCUAGCCACGGCUUUUGCGCUGGGGAAUGGAGCUGUGCAGUUGAUAUACGCAAAGCUCGGCAUCAUCUAUGGCCGCAAGCCGAUCCUCCUCUUGGCAUACGUUCUUCUCGGGUUUGGAUGCGCUAUCUGCGGCGUUGCACCCUCGAUGUCGAUUGUCAUCGUUGGACGCGUUGUUAGCGGCAUGGGCGGCGCGGGUAUAAUGUCCAUGGGCUCAAUCAUCAUCUUAGAUGUCGUUCCCAAAAGAGAUGUCGCCAGCUGGCGAGCAGUCGUCAAUAUCUCCAUGACUCUAGGUCGAAGCGUCGGCGGUCCCAUCGGUGGGUGGCUGACAGAUACCAUCGGCUGGCGCUGGGUCUUCCUCUCUCAAGCCCCGCUCCUCGGCAUCGCCGCAAUCCUCGUGGUGAUCUUCCUACACCUCGAACAAAGCUCAACCACCCCAACCACCGACUCAAAACCCUCCAUAUGCCGAGUAGACAUCCCCGGCGCAGUCCUCUUCGCCAGCAGCGUGAUAUCAUUCACCAUCCUAAUCGACCGGGGCGGCAAAGCCUUCCCCUGGACCUCACAAUACGCUCUCAUGCUCGCAGUUUCAGGCCUCUCAUUCCUCGCGACAUUUGCCUACUACGAGACCUACGUCGCCCCCGAACCAAUCUUCGACCUACGAAUCCUCCGCCUCCCGAACGUCUCGACAUGCUACCUCAUCAGCGUCCUGCAGAUAGCAGCACAGUCAAGCAUGAUGUUCACGGUCCCGCUCUAUUUCCAGGUUACCGCGGGCGUCUCGACGACCGUUGCGGGGGCGCAUCUCACUCCGUCUGUUGUGGGUAAUGCAGUCGGCGGGUUGAUUGCUGGGUGGUUCAUUCGACGGACGGGUCAGUAUAAACCUGUGCUUUUUAUGGCUGGGCUUGUUGCGUCUGUGUCGUACUUGUUGCUCUUUUUGCGUUGGGAUGCAGAGACGUCCGUUUGGGAGUCGCUGUUUAUUGUUCCCAGUGGCAUGGGCACUGCAUUUGCGGCUGCGGCGUCUUUCGUUGCUAUGUCGGUUUUUUUGAAUUCUGAGGAGGCUAUCAUGGCGACGGGUGGAUAUAUGCUUGUGUUUAGCAUUGCCAUGACUGUGGGUAUUACGGCGUCCAACUCGAUUUUGAUGGCUGCGUUUGAGCGGUAUAUGCGGAGGGAUCUUGGUGUUUCGAAUGCAGAGGAGAUUAUUCGUCACUCUUUGGCAAACUUUCACUACAUCACGGGGCUUGCGGGCGAGGCUCGACAAAUAGUCGUGAGGAGCUAUGUGGCUGGGCUCCGGUAUACAUACUUGAUGUCCCUCGUCCUUUCGCUGUCUGGGUCCUUCCUGGGCUUGACAAUUCGCAGCCAUAAAAUUUAG